AUGGCUACUGUGUCUUGCAUGAAAUGUAGCUUAGCUAUUAAGGAUGGCACAGAUAACAUGUUGAGAUGUGAUGGUUGCAACAGACCUAUUCAUGCCUCCUGUUCGGAGCUUACUGCUGCGGAACUAAAGUGUUUCAACCUACGCUCAAAUGUUAAGAGACGUGUGAAAUACCUCUGUCUUGAGUGCGAGCAGGGUCUUCACCAGAUUCCUAAAAUUUUGCAAUUAAUAAGCGAGAUGAGAGAUGAGAUACGUGAGCUGAAGCGAUCAGAAUCCGUUGAUGUUGGAGUGACACAGGUGACGUCUGGGCCCUCCCCUCAGUCCAGUGAAGAAAUUAUUAAUGAGGUGUUUGAAAGAACUAAGCGCUCCCAUAACUUAAUCAUACAUGGGAGUAUUGAGAGAGGUGCUAACAGGCAAGACCAGUUGCAGAUUGAUUCUGAUAUGGUUCAAUCAAUUCUUAAUGAAUGUGUUGUUUCUGAGCAAAAUUUUAAGUUUUUCAGAAUAGGAAAGUUUGAUUCUACCAAGGAAGCGCGUUCUCGUCCUAUAAAGGUUAGUUUUUCUUCACCUGAUCCAGUGUCUGUCAUUUUGCGGAGGUUCAAAAAGUUGAAGUCCAAGUUCGAGAAAAUAUACGUUGCUCCCGAUAGAACUCCACAACAGGUAGCAUUUUACAGAUCUGUUAGAUCUGAGUUGGAUCAACGUUUGGCAGCGGGAGAGUCAAAUCUCCGAAUAAAAUCAGCAUGUGAAUAUACGUAUGAUAUAGUUUGUAUAACUGAGACAUGGCUUGGUGAUUCGGUUUUUGAUGGUGAAUUGUUUCCUCCAGGAUAUAAAGUGAUUAGAUGUGAUAGACAGUUUGGUAGGGUUAAUAGGUCUCGUGGCGGUGGAGUUCUGGUUGCGGCUUCUAACAGUACAUCUUUCAGCCUUAUUGAUGGAGCAUUUUUGACCGAUCGUGUCCCCUUGGUGGAUGUGGUUUUGUGCCGUUUUACUGAGCCCUUUACUUUUAUUGUGUGUGUGGUUUAUAUUCCGCCUGAUAUUACUGUUUUUCAGCUUGAGACUUUUACUACUGCAUUGGAGUUGAAUUUUUCUGGAGAGACUGUGUUCCUUGUUGGUGACUUCAAUUGUCCUGAUUUUGUUUGUUCUAGUCGUGGUCCUAAAUCAAUUCUUUUGCAGAACUUCUGUGAUCUCCUGGGUCUGCGUCAGUUCAACUCCGUUCUUAGCGGGGAUCUCAGGCUGCUGGACUUAGUUCUGGCGAGUAAUAAUUUUGAGGUGUCAGUCAUUCAUUGCGACUCUCCUUUUGUUCCUGAGGACCUAUACCAUCCUGCUUUGAGUAUGGUUUUAUCUCUGGAAUCUCCCAAGCGUCGGAGGGCUGAUUACUCUUCUUUGUCUACGGCAAUCAAUUCCGUUAAUUGGGAUAUUAUAGCAGAGUUCAAGAGUGUCGAUGAAGCUUUGGAUUUCUUUUACGGCAAACUUUUCGAGAUUCUGGAUGACCUUGUUCCUAGAAGGACUAACUAUUCGGCAGAUCCUGACUUCCCUGUCUGGUUCACGAGAAAAUUAAAACGUGAUAUCCGCUUGAAGAACUAUUACAGACGAUUGAGAGCACUGGUCAAGUCUGAAAUUAAUUUGGAGUACAGCAGAUAUCUGUCCGAGGUGCAGAGCCAAAUAAGAUCAAACCCCUCUUCAUUCUGGAAAUAUCUGGAUCAGAGAAGGGGUUCCACAAGAAUUCCUGGAGUCUUUCAUUCUAAUGAACGUCUUUAUGACGAUCCCAGAGAAAUUGUUGAUUUAUUUGGAGCUCAUUUUUCUAACGUGAAUAACCUGACUGCUGCCAGUGUUCAAGAUUCUGAAUAUUCGACGAACUUUCCACCAGUCUUUGUUCCAUCAGUGACAGAUGAUGAGAUAAAGUCCAUUAUGGAAAAAUAUCCUGACCGAUUAACAUCUGGUGACGAUCAGCUUCCAGCUGUGUUCUUGAGGGAAUGUAGCUCUGCUCUGGCCGGACCUCUCCACCGUAUAAUCUCCAUUAGCCUUAGUUCUUUUACUUUUCCUAUGAGAUGGAAGAGGGCUAGGGUAGUUCCGGUGUUCAAGAAGGGUGAUUCGUCUUCUGUGGAGAAUUAUAGACCUAUUUCCAUUUUGUCGAACUUUGCUAAGGUAUAUGAGGAGGUCCUGUAUUCAAGCAUUUACCACCAUAUUAAGCAGCGUUUAUCAUCAGCACAGCAUGGUUUUGUCCGGGGAAGGUCGACAGUAACUAACCUAGCCACAAUUUCGCAGGUCAUAGCAGAGUCCCUUGAUGAUGGAGGUCAGGUUGAUGUGAUCUAUACAGAUUUCUCACGCGCCUUUGACACCGUUGACUAUAAUUUGCUUUUGAACAAGCUAGCAUCACUUGGUUUUGCGCCUGACUUUGUGAGGUUGCUUCGUUCCUAUUUGAAGGGUAGAACUAAUUAUGUUUUCUACAAUGGAUUCAGAUCUUUUGAGUAUGAGCUCAAGUUUGGCGUUCCUCAGGGAUCUAACCUCGGACCAUUGCUGUUUAUAAUAUUUAUUGAUGACCUUUUAUGCUCUCUCAAUUGUGAGGCUCUAGCCUAUGCUGAUGAUCUGAAGCUGUUCAUGAGAAUACAUGGAAUUAAUGACCAAUUACUUCUUCAGUCGAGUUUAGAGUUGGUUCAAAGUUGGUGCUUGCGGAAUGGACUUAUUUUAAAUUUGAAGAAGUGUUUUAAAGUUACUUUUACCAGGAAGACGCAGCCACUAGCUUUCGAUUAUCACAUUGGUGGUGAUUUAAUUGCGGCUGGAGAUCACUUUCGUGACCUGGGAGUUUGGUUUGACAGUGAGCUGAGUUUUGUUCCACAUGUUGAGGAUCUGUGUUCAUCUGCCUGUAGGUCUUUGGGUUUUCUGUUCAGGAGCUUCCGUGAGCUAGACGAUCUAUCUGCUCUCAGAAAUGUCUACUUUUCCCUUGUUCUCAGUAGGUUGGAGUAUGCUAACAUGAUUUGGUUCCCAAUUUAUGCAACGCAUCUUACUCCCAUUGAGCGAGUUCAGAGGAAGUUCCUGAAAUACGUCGUUUAUAGGAAGACAGGCAUAUAUCCAGAGCGUGGUGUUGAUCUUUCCGGCAUAAUGGAGGAGCUGAAGCUUUCAACUUUAUUUGAGCAGCAGGUUCAGCAGUGCGCGAGAUUCGCCCAGAAACUCUUAGGUGGAAGGAUUGACUGCCCAUUUCUGCUCUCUCGGGUGAACAUUCACGUCCCGAGGAUGGCAGCCAGGAGUUCUCCAACAUUUGGUCUGCCCACGCCUCGGACCAACAUACUCCAGCGGGCACCUGUGUAUAGGCUUUGUGAUUGUGCUAACAAAGUCAAUAUAAGUCUAUUGUAA